UAUUGAGAGAGACAAAAGAAAACAUUAUCUUCUCUGAAUCUCAUCAGAAUUUUCAUCUUCUUUUUCUUCCAUGUAAAUUGUUUACUUCUAAGUGUAACUUUGAUUCUACUUUGUUGCUCAAUCAAUUAAUAUGAUUAACUUGAUCAUCAACAGAUUGGCAAAGGAAAAUUUAUCCAUUAGUCAAUGUAAAUUGUUUCAAUCAUCAUGUUUUAAAUCAAUCAACUGAAUCAACAAAUCGAUUUUAAAUCACAGUUAGUAAACUCACUUGUCCAUAUUAGUUACGAUCAGAAAGAAAAGUUAAUUCAAUUAAAAAGUAAUAUUUACAUUUAUCAUCAUAAUUAUAAUCAACUCAUCUGUUUCAUAAGUUUUCAUCAAUUUAAUUAUCAUCAAGUGAAAAAUAAUAAUUUCUGAUUAACUAAUCACCUUCUAUGUGUCCAAGUGAUCAGUGUCCUUAACCAGAAACAAUCAGAUAAUCAAGAAAAGAGUCCGUAUAAAUUGUUGAUUUGAUCUAAAUCAUCUGAAUCAAAUCUUAUCGAAACAUAAUCAUGAAGUUGAUGGUGAUGAUGAUGACGAGAUUGAUGAUGGAAACCUUAUUAAAUUGUUGAUUAAGCCACUGAUAGGGUUUCCAAUGUUUACAAUUAACUUUGAUUCCUUCAUGAAAUUUAAAUAUUCACCUGAAAGAGGAAGAAGAUAUUAAGAAAAUUAGAGGAAAAAAAAGAAGAGACAAAAAUAGAAAGAGAUUAUUACUCCAAGAAGAAGAUGAUGAUGAUGACAAAAUGAUAAACAAGAUGAAGAUAAUGAUGAUGAUGGUGAUGGAAGAUAAUUGAAGAUAGAUCAGCAAAAGAAAGAGAUGAUCGAAAUAGAAAGAGAAAUAUGAAUAAUUUUGUCUUCAUAUUUCAUUCACUCUCAUGAUUAUGGUGAUGAUGAUGAUGAAUACCUAUGAAUAAUAUUAACUCACUUAAAUUCACUCUCAUCAUCAUCAUCAUUUGCCCACUUUAAAUUUCACCUUAAUCGACAAUUGAAAUCAUUUAAUUGUUCCCAAACUGAUUAACUUACUCUUUUGUUGUCAAUCUUUAUCAUAAAGUUAAUUUUUCCUCUCAAAAUCAACUGAUUGUUUCUUUGAUUAUCAACAAACUUCAUCUCCAUUGAUAAUCAAUCAGUUUUAUCAAUAACAACAAAUAGAUUUCUUCUUGUGUUUAGAUGUAUUGAUAAUUUUAAGAGAACGAGAGAUUGGAAAGUAAUAGUAAUCAAGAUAAUUAAUGUUUUGAUUUAAUUCGGAAAAUCUUUUUGUUCAUUGUUAAACUUUCAUUCAAGUUUCUCAUCAAAACUUUUUGAUUGAUACUAACAAACGUUGAUCAACUUUAACAAAUAACUUUCAUCAUAAGUUCCAAUUUGUAAUUAGUUAAUCAUCAUGAUUAGUGUACCAGUUUCAUUGUUUCUUGCCUGUGCUGUGGCCGUUAAAGUGUAAAAAACUGCUCCCAAUGGGAAGAUAACAGUUUAUUUGGGAAGUCGUGAUUUCGGUGAUCAUGGUGAUUAUAUGGACACAAUUGACGGUGUCGUUGUGGUGGACGAAGAGUACCUUAAGGGUCGUCGUGUUUUCGGUCAAAUCGUAACCACUUUUCGAUACGGACGAGAAGAAGAUGAAAUUAUGGGUCUACACUUUUCCCGUCAACUUUAUCUGGCCUUAGAACAGGUCUAUCCACCGGGAUCAUCUUCGACUUCUAAAGCAAAACCCUCAGCCGACAAUGAAUCCGCUUCUUCAUUGAAUAAACUACAAGAAAAGUUACUACGUAAAUUAGGCUCUGCAGCUCAUCCUUUCACCUUCCAAUUACCCAAACAUGCCCCACCCUCGGUCACCCUACAACCAGGACCCGAAGAUCAAGGUCCACCUCUUGGUGUUGAAUAUGAGGUCAAAAUGUUUGUCGCCGACAACGAACUUGAAAAACCUCAGAAACGCAAUUCGGUGGCCAUGGCGAUCCGAAAGUUACAAUACACUCUUCCAUCGCCCUGUGGACGUCAACCCUCAUCAAUUGUUUCAAAGGGAUUCAUGUUGAGUCCUGGUAAACUCAACCUUGAGGUCACUUUGGAUCGGGAAUUAUAUUUUCAUGGUGAUAAAAUUUCAGCUCAUGUUACAGUUUCUAAUUAUUCAAAGAAAAAUGUCCGAUCAGUUAAGGUGUCGAUCGUUCAACACACGGAGGUCACUUUAGUCAAUGGACAUUACAGUAAGACUGUUGCAUCAUUGGAAUCAAAAGAAGGGUGUCCAAUCACACCGGGUGCCUCAUUCUCAAAGGUUUAUCAAUUGUUACCCUUAGCAGCGGGUAAUAAGGAUCGAAGAGGAAUCGCCCUUGACGGUAUGUUGAAGGAAGCGGAUACCAAUUUAGCUUCGUCCACCUUAACACCAACUUCCGAUGCGAUUGGAAUUGUUAUUUCAUAUGUUGCUCGGGUUCGACUUUAUCUUGGUGCCAUUGGUGGAGAUCUAACGGCUGAUGUACCUUUUAAAUUGGUCACUUUGGAUCCUGUUCAGGUCAAAUCGCUGGUAACUGAUGGUAAAGAAGAGGGCGAUCCAAAGACAGGUAAGGAAGCGAGUGGUCAGUCCGAGGGAACAACGGUGACAACCACUGGUCCUGCUGGUCGACGCCUUAAGAAACAAAUGACCCGAGAGAUGAGUACUGAUCUUAUUUUUGAAGAUUUUGCUCGUCGUCGUCAAGAAAGUGAAGAUCUGGAAUAGAUCUAGAAAAUAGAUUAAUCUUCCAAGACAAAAACCACUUUUCAAUUGAACUUAAUUGUUUCAAUCGCUGAUCAGAGUUAAUUGUUUUCCUCUAAAACUAUCAACAAGAACUGGAGAAAGAUAAAAGUCACCUUGAUCUCAAUCACCAUUUGGCUACUGAUUUGUUAAUUGUAAUUAAAAUUUAGAUGAAAUCGCCUUGUUUCACCUCUUUUUUUCCAAAAUCUCUCAAUUGUAAUUCAUUUGAUUAAAAUUAUGUAUCAACAAAUUGUGAACAUUGGUUUUUCUUUCCCUUAUACACAUCAAAACUACAAUAAAUCAAUGGUAACCAUUUAUAAGAAAAAAAAUCGUAUAACCAAACGUUUCAGGUAGAUAUAAUUAAUCAUUAAAGUGUUCGAAAACUAAUUGCUUUAAAAUUUCUAAUCAUUUGUUGAUGUAUAAAAUUAAAUUUUCGUUCGAAACCAGAAAACAUGGACAUCUAUUAUUCUGAAGAGUAACUAUUGCAAUAUUUGACGAACUUUG